AUGUAUAGUACCAGUCCUUACUUUCUUGUCUCCCAAAAUAUUAAUAGAGUUCUUUCUCUUUCUUGCUUUCUUCAUCUUCUCCAUCUUCUCUUGCCACAAUGCAUAGCAAAACUCUCACUCUUUUUCUUCUUCUCUUCUUCUCCUCCUUCUUUUUCUCUUCUAUCCAUGUUGAAGCUGAUGAUCCUUACCGUUUCCUCACUUGGAAUGUCACUUAUGGAUUCAUUUAUCCUCUUGGAGUCCAACAACAGGGAAUUUUGAUAAAUGGGCAGUUUCCAGGACCACAGAUUGAGUGUCAAACUAAUGAUAAUCUCAUCAUCAAUGUCUUCAACAGCCUCAAUGAACCCUUUCUCAUCUCCUGGAAUGGAAUACAACAAAGGAGGAAUUCAUGGCAAGAUGGAGUUUAUGGCACAACUUGCCCAAUUCCACCAGGAAAGAACUUCACUUACAUGCUCCAAGUCAAGGACCAAAUUGGUUCUUACUACUACUUCCCAUUUCUUGCAAUGCACAAAGCUGCAGGUGGAUUUGGUGGCUUCAAGAUUCUCAGCCGUCCAAUGAUUCCCGUCCCUUUUCCUCCUCCUGCCGGAGACUUCACCAUCCUCGCCGGCGAUUGGUUCAAGGCCAAUCACACUGACUUGAGGGCGACUUUAGAUGGCGGUCACAGCCUUCCUUUUCCUGAUGGUGUACUCAUCAAUGGCCGUGGAUGGAACGGCAACACGUUCACUGUCCAACAAGGUAAGACAUACAGAUUCCGUAUUUCGAAUAUCGGGUUGACGACAUGUUUGAACAUCAGAUUUCAAGGUCACAAAAUGAAAUUGGUUGAAGUUGAAGGCUCUCACACUCUUCAGAACACUUAUUCUUCUCUUGAUGUUUGUCUGGGCCAGUCUUACUCUGUGCUUGUCACUGCUGAUCAACCUCCUUUAGAUUACUACAUUGCAGUUUCAACUCGAUUUACAAAUCCUGUACUAACCACCACCGCUAUUCUUCAUUAUAGCAACUCCGCCGGGAGGCCGUCCGGGUCCCCUCCCGGAGGGCCUACUGUUGAGAUCGACUUCUCCCUCAAUCAAGCCAGAUCGAUCCGAUGGAAUCUAACAGCAAGUGGACCGAGACCGAACCCGCAAGGCUCUUAUCAUUAUGGAAUGAUCAACACUACGAGAACAAUUCGUCUCGCGAACUCUGCUGCAACAAUUAAUGGGAAACAAAGAUAUGCUGUCAAUAGUGUCUCCUUCAUUCCGGCUGACACUCCUCUGAAACUUGCAGAUUAUUAUAAAAUCUCCGGCGUGUUUUGGGCAGGAAGUAUUCCUGACAGACCAACCUUUGGAGGUGCAUAUCUGCAGACAUCUGUCAUGGGAGCCAAUUACAGAGAGUACAUUGAGAUUGUCUUUGAGAACUAUGAGAACACUGUCCAGUCAUGGCAUAUCGACGGUUAUUCAUUCUUCGUUGUCGGAAUGGAUGGAGGACAAUGGUCAUCUACUAAAAGCAGAAAAAGUUACAAUCUUAGAGACACUGUUGCACGGUGCUCGUUUCAGGUCUACCCGAAAUCAUGGACAGCAAUUUACAUGGCAUUGGACAAUGUUGGAAUGUGGAACAUAAGAUCAGAGAACUGGGAAAGACAGUACUUAGGACAGCAAUUUUAUCUGAGAGUUUACACUCCAUCAAAUUCAUGGAGAGAUGAGUACCCAAUUCCCAGGAAUGCUCUUCUCUGUGGCAGAGCAGCUGGGAGGAAAACAAGGCCACUCUAAAAAACAUCAACAAUGUCCAUUGUUCUUCAUCUCAAGAACAUUACUUGUUAUAAGCUCAACUCGAGCUUUUUUUUUUUUUUUAAAAUAUAUUUCUCUUUAAUUUUCAUUUUUAUAAGUAGUAUAUUUCCAUUGUAGACUUUGUUUAUUUCUUCUCUAAUUCUCAAUGCUAAUCACACUCUGUGAUUCUCUGUUUUUCCCUCACUGUUCUCUUUACUGUUGUUUAAUAUAAAAAUCAAGGCUUAUAG